AUGUCUGCGGGACCAACACUGAAGACUGGUGACUGCACGGCCACGGAGGAGAUAUUUGCGCUGUUUGAAAGAACAAUAGCGGAAUAUGAGGAGGAACUGCGGCUGUGCAAAGAGAAGCAGAGGAGACAGGAGCAGCUGGAGACUCUGAGGCCGACUGUGCUGCUGCCCAGAGCGGAUCGAAACAUGGCCAAACGAAGUACGGAGAGUUCAGAGUCAGAAGAAUUCAAUGAACCAGACUUGGAGUUUUCAUCAGAAUGGUUGCCAUUCGAAUUUGUAAGCAGCAGAGAGUCGCCCCCUGACGCACAUGGUUACACGCCAAGCAGAAGCAGAUCAGCCUCUACAUCGAGCAGUGAUUCUGGCAGUGUGACUCUUACACAUAAACGUGUGAAGAAAAGGAAAAAGGGAGCAGCUGCAAAGAGUAACGAUGGCGACUGGCGUAAAGCUGACUGGAGUCCAAAUGUGUUCCCCUUCACGGCAACGCCUGGACCCCAGAAUGCCGCUGCAGAACUGGAUUCUGACCUUCCAGCUGACUUCCUGGAGUUGUUCAUCACAGACGAGCUGCUCCAACUCAUUGCUCGGCAGACAAACCUUCAUGCCCAGCAAUGCCCAGAUUUCCCCAAAGACUCCAGGCCCCGGUCUGAACUAGAGACUCCACAGGUUAAAGAAGGGCAGAGCAUCAAACAGGAAGAGCAGCUUCCAGAGACUCUUUGA